AUGCCAAGUGACGCUCCAGCUAGAGCCGGACCCACCACGCGACCGAGAUCCGUAGGCAAAUGGAUGCUAGCGCUGCUGCUGCUCCAGCUGCAAAUGGCUGGAACCAUACGAAUCGGCUAUCGUCUGCCGCAGUCGGCGGGCCGCAGUGCUGGCGGCACUGAUGUUGGCAGCGGGCGAGAUCUGUUCAAGAAGUUCUUGCUAUUUCGCGGCCUCUUCCCCCAGGAGCCGACCAGAGAGAAUAUCAUUGUGAUACCGCAGGCGAGCUCCACCUUCACGACGCCCACAACAACCACCACCACAACGACAUCCAUCGUCAAUGGCACCAGUACGCGACGUUGGCGCAAUCUCGAGUAUGUCAAGGAGCAGCCGGUGACCACUCAGUCCACGGCCCAAAUGCCGGACGAGGUUGGCUUACAGCAACGCAUUACCAGGCGCCGCAAGCCCAACACAAAGACCAGCAACAACAAUCAGCAACGCAGGCAUAAGAAGAAGCGACGCCAUCGUCACAUACACAAGCGUCAGCGGCGGCACCAGCAGCGGCGAUAG